UUUUACAAAUUAUCAAACAUAUUUCUUAUCCAUCUUUUAAAAUGAUUAAACACAUAAUAUAGUGAUUCUAGGUUUUUUUGGCAAUUCACUAUUGCCACUGUAGAAACGAAAAGGAAGAAAUAUCUACAAAUGAAAUUAUAUGUAAUAAUAUAUUGGACACUUUUGGUGUCAUUACAGGCUUCACCAGUGAAAAGGGCUUCAGACAAUCAGUUGUCUUUGGGUAAUGAAAUACAAAGUAAAGAUAAUAAAGUAAGAGAAGCUCCACGUGACUGUAAAUCUAAGUGUGCUUCGGGAAUAGCUCAAAAAGCAGCAGCCGAAGCAAAAGCUGCCCAAGCUGCACAAAAUGCCGCUGGUGCUCAAGCAGCUCAUAUGGUUAAAACUCAACUAGCCGAAAAGGCACUUCAAGCGGCUAAAGCAGCAGAAGCAGCACUAGCUGGUAAACAAGCCGUUGUGGAACAGCUUCAACAAGAAGUAAAAGAGGCUGAGGCUGUAGUUGCAGAAAAUACUGCUGCAGUACAUCAGCAGCAAACAGCAGUGAAUGCAGCAAUACAAGCUGCACAACAAGCAACAGCAGAGCACAAAUUACUGUCGCAAGCAGUUCAGCUCUCUGCUCAACUUGAGAAAGCGGCUCAUUGUGUUUUAGAGAAGGUGAAGUACGGUCUCCAAGAAAAAUGCCACAACCUCUCUGAGGCGAGAUCUCGUUUAGCUCACCUCCAACACAAGCUGCAAUGUGCAUGUGCCGAAUGUGCCGCAACAAAACAAGCUGCCCAUACAGCUUGCGAGGCAGCUAGAGCAGCUUGUGGAAAUGCUCGGCGAAGAAAGCGAACAUUAAAAAUCACUCAAAGCAAUUCACCCCAAAAAAGACAAGCUAAAGUGGGACGAUGACUUCUGUUUCAAUUUUGAAAUAUAUUUUUAUUCAGUGCUUUGUUAAAAUGAAGGUCAAUUUAAUGCAGUAGGAGGUAAAGGAAAUAUAGUUGGUAAUAUUAUUUUUAGAGUUACGGUGUACUAUAAUUUCGUAAAAAUAUGUUUACUUACAGGCGAUUAUAUUUUAAUUAGCUUAAGAUUCUGAUGAAUGUAUAGUUGUUAGAAUUGUUUAUUUAUAGUUAUUUGUAUUUUUCAAUACCUACGAAUGGUUUGUCUUUAGAAAUGUUUAUAAGAUAAGAAGAAACAUUACAUAAAAUUUUCGUGUGGAAUUAAAAUGAA